AAUAGAUCAGAUAGUGGAGCAAAGGUAGGCUGAAAAGAUUUACUAGCCAAUAAAUGAUAUCUUAAACCAGAAUCUGAUAUUGAUUAAACUGUUAGUUAAACAACUCGGCGUGUUUGGUGUCAGCAUAGUGGCGCGCCUAACCCUGCUAGCUGGUGAGAUGGAGUCCAGUAGGGCCAGGUUCGGGGGACAGAGUGUAGGAGCAGGCUCCUUGGUGGCAGAGGAGAACUACUUCCUCGGUUACACCUUUACAGACCGCUCCCACUCCAGCCGCGUGGUGCAGAGCAUCAUGGACCUAUGUCUGCAGGACGGCCUGUUUGCUGACGUGACCGUUAAGGUGGAGGGGAGGGAUUUUAACCUGCACCGCCUGGUACUGUCAGCCCAGAGCAGCUUCUUUAGAUCCAUGUUCACAUCCAACCUGAGAGAGGCUCACACACGUAGCAUCCAACUGAAGGACGUCAGCGCAUCAGUCUUCCAGCUGCUGGUUGACUACAUCUACCACGGGACAGUGAAGCUGACAGUGGAGGAGCUGCAGGACACCUAUGAGAUGGCUGACAUGUACCAGCUGACUGCUCUGUUUGAAGAAUGCUCCCGCUUCCUGUCACGCACCGUAGAUGUCAAGAAUUGCCUACAGGUGAUGUGGCUGGCAGACAGGCACAGUGACCAGGAGUUGUAUACUGCAGCCAAACAUUGUGCUAAGAUCCACCUGGUCCAACUUCACCAGACUGAUGAGUUCCUCAACCUGCCACUCUGUCUCCUCAUGGACAUUAUCAAAGACGGGGUUCCAACCUCUCAGAACCCAACGGUCGCCAUCCAAUCCUGGAUCAACCACAACAAGGUGGAGAGAGAAGAGUUCUCCACUGUUCUCCAGGAGAACCUCAAGGAGAUCGGUGAGAUGGUGCACAUCUACCUGAUAGGUAAGGAGGAGACGAGGACCCACUCCCUGGCCAUUUCCCUGCACUGUGACGAGGACGAUGCCGUCAGCGUCAGCGGCCAGAACAGCCUGUGUCACCAGAUCACAGCAGCCUGUAAACACGGGCCGGACCUCUACGUGGUAGGGGGGUCCAUCCCUCGUCGCAUGUGGAAGUGUAACAUGCAGACCAUGGACUGGGAGCGCUGUGCCCCGCUGCCCCGAGAUCGUCUCAGCCACACCAUGGUCUCAGUCUCGCUCCAGGAUGCCGUCUAUAGUCUGGGAGGUAAGACGCUCCAGGACACACUGUCCAACGCCGUGAUUUACUACACGGUGAAGGACAACGUGUGGACAGAGACUAGCCAUCUGGAUACGGCGGUGUCCGGGGCGGCGGGGGUUAACCUGGGAGGAACCAUCUACAUACUGGGGGGGGAAGAGAACGACAUGGACUUCUUCACCAAGCCGUCACGACUCAUCCAGUGCUUCGACACGAAGACUCAGAAGUGCCAACUGAAGCCUUACGUCCUGCCGUUGGCGGGAGUGAUGCACGCCGCCGCACACAUGGAUCUGCUGUUUAUCGUAGCAGAGGGGGACUCCCUGGUGUGUUACAACCCGCUGUUGGAGAGCUUCACCAGGCUACGCUUCCCCGAGGUGUGGAGCUGUGUGCCGUCCUUCUGGAAGGUGGCCAGCUGUAACGGCUCCGUCUACGUGUUCAGAGAGAGGUGUACAAAAGGAGACGCUCACACGUUGAAGUUUAACCCCGCUACGUCAGCCGUGACUGUUAUCAAGGGGAUUAAGAUACUGCUGACCAACUGGCAGUUUGUCCUGGCCUAAAGUUUAAACUCACUACGGUGAGGGCAUGAGGUAUUUGAGAAUAUAGAAUGGAAAAUAUUCAGAUCCUUUUUACUUUGGCCGUUAAAGUCUUAUUCUCUCAAUCUACACACCAAACCCCAUAAUGACAAAGCAAAAGCAGGUUUUUAGAUAUUUUAGCAAAUUUAUAGAACCUCCCCCUCCCCCAGAAAUAUCUUAUUUACAGUGCCUUGCGAAAGUAUUCGGCCCCCUUGAACUUUGCGACCUUCUGCCACAUUUCAGGCUUCAAACAUAAAGAUAUAAAACUGUAUAUUUUUGUGAAGAAUCAACAACAAGUGGGACACAAUCAUGAAGUGGAACGACAUUUAUUGGAUAUUUCAAACUUUUUUAACAAAUCAAAAACUGAAAAAUUGGGCGUGCAAAAUUAUUCAGCCCCCUUAAGUUAAUACUUUGUAGCGCCACCUUUUGCUGCGAUUAUAGCUGUAAGUCGCUUGGGGUAUGUCUCUAUCAGUUUUGCACAUCGAGAGACUGACAUUUUUUCCCAUUCCUCCUUGCAAAACAGCUUGAGCUCAGUGAGGUUGGAUGGAGAGCAUUUGUGAACAGCAGUUUUCAGUUCUUUCCACAGAUUCUCGAUUGGAUUCAGGUCUGGACUUUGACUUGGCCAUUCUAACACCUGGAUAUGUUUAUUUUUGAACCAUUCCAGUGUAGAUUUUGCUUUAUGUUUUGGACCAUUGUCUUGUUGGAAGACAAAUCUCCGUCCCAGUCUCAGGUCUUUUGCAGACUCCAUCUGGUUUUCUUCCAGAAUGGUCCUGUAUUUGGCUCCAUCCAUCUUCCCAUCAAUUUGAAUCAUCUUCCGUGUUCCUGCUGAAGAAAAGCAGGCCCAAACCAUGAUGCUGCCACCACCAUGUUUGACAGUGGGGAUGGUGUGUUCAGGGUGAUGAGCUGUGUUGCUUUUACGCCAAACAUAACAUUUUGCAUUGUUGCCAAGAAGUUCAAUUUUGGUUUCAUCUGACCAGAGCACCUUCUUCCACAUGUUUGGUGUGUCUCCCAGGUGGCUUGUGGCAAACUUUAAACAACAUUUUUUAUGGAUAUCUUUAAGAAAUGGCUUUCUUCUUGCCACUCUUCCAUAAAGGCCAGAUUUGUGCAAUAUACGACUGAUUGUUGUCCUAUGGACAGAGUCUCCCACCUCAGCUGUAGAUCUCUGCAGUUCAUCCAGAGUGAUCAUGGGCCUCUUGGCUGCAUCUCUGAUCAGUCUUCUCCUUGUAUGAGCUGAAAGUUUAGAAGGACGGCCAGGUCUUGGUAGAUUUUCAGUGGUCUGAUACUCCUUCCAUUUAAAUAUUAUCGCUUGCACAGUGCUCCUUGGGAUGUUUAAAGCUUGGGAAAUCUUUUUGUAUCCAAAUCCGGCUUUAAACUUCUUCACAACAGUAUCUCGGACCUGCCUGGUGUGUUCCUUGUUCUUCAUGAUGCUCUCUGCGCUUUUAACGGACCUCUGAGACUAUCACAGUGCAGGUGCAUUUAUACGGAGACUUGAUUACACACAGGUGGAUUGUAUUUAUCAUCAUUAGUCAUUUAGGUCAACAUUGGAUCAUUCAGAGAUCCUCACUGAACUUCUGGAGAGAGUUUGCUGCACUGAAAGUAAAGGGGCUGAAUAAUUUUGCACGCCCAAUUUUUCUGUUUUUGAUUUGUUAAAAAAGUUUGAAAUAUCCAAUAAACGUCGUUCCACUUCAUGAUUGUGUCCCACUUGUUGUUGAUUCUUCACAAAAAAAUACAGUUUUAUAUCUUUAUGUUUGAAGCCUGAAAUGUGGCAAAAGGUCGCAAAGUUCAAGGGGGGCGAAUACUUUCACAAGGCACUGUAUAUAAGAACCUUUGCUAUGAGACUCUAAAUGUAGCUCAGGUGCAUCCUGUUUCCAUUGAUCAUCUUUGAAAUGUUUCUACAACUUGAUUGGAGUUCACCUGUGGUAAAUUCAAAUUGAUUGGACAUGAUUUGGAAAGGCACACACUAAUAAGGUCCCACAGUUGACAGGUGCAUGUCAGAGCAAAAACCAAACCAUCUAAAUAAUUGUCCAUAGAGACAGGAUUGUGUCGAGGCAGAGAUCUGGGGAAGGGUACCAAAAAAUGUCUGCAGCAUUGAAGGACCCCAAGAAGUUUGGAACCAUCAAUACUCUUCCUAGAGCUGGCCGCCCGGCCAACCUGAGAAAUCGGGGGAGAGGGUCUUGGUCAGCCAGAACCUGAUCAAACAUCGCUGGAGAGACCUGGAAAUAGCUGUGCAGCGACACUCCUCACCCAACCUGACAGAGCUUGAGAGGAUCUGCAGAGAUGAAUGGGAGAAACUCCCCAAAUACAGGUGUGCCAAGCUUGUAGCGUCAUACCCAAGAAGACUCAAGGCUGUAAUCGCUGCCAAAGUACUGAGUGAAGGGUCAGAAUACUUAUGUAAAUGUGAUAUUUCCGUUUGUAUUAUUUGUAAUAAAUUUGCAAAAAAGUA